AAAAUAUCAGAAUUUGCUAGUUUAGUGGACAACAGCAAUGAAAAUUUCUUUUCGAAGAUCAAUAUGCUUUAUGGUUAGCUUGAUCUAACUGUAGCAAAUCAUUUGUUCUCUGGAGGCUUUCAUGUUCUUAUCCAGGGUUUAACUCUAUAGAUACACGGUGGAGUCCUAAAGAAUGAAAUUUAUAGUUGUUCUCGCAACCGUGUUCUCUGUGUGUUAUUGCUACUCGGAUUUAAAUAUCCUCCCCUUUGAAACAACUGGGCAAAAAUUUCAUCCACUAAAAAGACCUCUUCUGAAUAGUUUACUGACGGAUGAAGAAAUUUUGAAAUGCCGAUAUUUCUUGGACAAUAUAGGUGAAUACCAUAACCAGAGAUCCAGUCAAGAAGAAUUAGAAGAUAAAUUAUCCAAAUGCGACUUGCUUUUACAGAAAAGCACCAAAUUAUCGGCAAAAAAAGAUGAUAAUAACGUUGACAGAUCGCCAUCAUUCAAAAGUGUUAAUAGUCAAGACAAUGAGUUAACCGUAAUUGUGGAUUCGACAACAAGAAGCUCCGAGGAAGUGAAUAGCAAAAAUAGUAAUGAAAAGAAUGAAAUCUUAAGCGGAAUUCCUGACAGAAAUGAAAAUGGCAUUUAUUCAAAACUAUCUUCUGGCCUGUACGAGAAUUUGAAGGAGGUGUCUAUUGAGACAACUUUCCAAGCAACUACCGAGAGCUCAGAUUUAAGGAAUUUGUUCUUAGUAAAUAGAGGAUUAUCUGACAAUUCAAGCCCAAUCCUUAUUACAGAGCAAAAUGAAGCCAACUCAACUGACAAGCAGCCUGACAAACUUGAACAUCAAAAGACAGAGACUGAUACUGUAAUUUUAAGUCCAAUAAAAACGAAUUGGAGUUUAUGGAGUAUACUUUUCGGUACCAGCGAAUCAUCUGGCAAUUCAAGCUCAGUUCUUGUUGCAGAACAAAAUGAGAAGCAAUCUGACAAAUCUGAAGAUCAAAAUACGCAGUCUGGCAUUAUAAUUUUAAGUCCAAUAAAUACGGGUUGGAGAUUCUGGAGUUUCUUUUCCGGUGCCAGCGAUCAGAAUGAGAAGCAAUCUGACAAACCUGGAGAUCAAAAUGCACAGUCUGACAUUGCAAAUUUAAGUCCAAUAAAUACGGGUUGGAGCUUCUGGAGUUUCUUUUCCGGUGCCAGCGAGAAAAAUGAGAAGCAAUCCUAUAAAUCUAAGAAUCAAAAAAUGGAAUCUGGCAUUGAAUUUUUAAGUCCAAUAAGUCCGGUUUGGAAUCUAUGGAGUUUGCUUUCCGGUGCCAGAGACUCUAGCGAUUCUUCAAAAGAAAAUCGAUCUGAAAAGUUUUUUGAAAGGAAUAAAACAGCAGAAUCCGGCAUCAACUUUGAAAAUUCGAUGUAUUUAGAGUUCACAACGACUGAAGCUGGUGUAUGGAAUUUAAUAAUGCCAGGUACGAAGUGGUGCGGGUCCGGAAGCAUUGCGACGCAUGACGACGAUUUAGGAUAUUUUGCAGAUGUCGACAGAUGCUGCCGGGCUCAUGACAAAUGUGAUGACUUAAUGAUGCCCGGAGAAUCCAAAUACAAUCUGACAAAUACUUCACCUUUUACAGUAUUAAAUUGUAAAUGUGAUGACGAACUGUAUGACUGCUUAAGUAAAAUAAACAGUGUUGCUUCAAAUACCGUUGGAAAUACUUUUUUCAAUAUCUUUGCCAGAAUGUGUUACACAUUGGAUUAUCGAAGAAAAUGCAAGAGGUAUUCCCGCUUGUAUUUAGGUUGUUUAGAAUAUGAGAUUGACAAAACAGCAGAAAAAGUUUAUCAAUGGAAACCAGCAAAGAAAUAUCUCAAGAUGCCAUUUGUAAUUUCUAGAUGAUAUAUUUUAACCAAAACCAUUUGUUGCACUGAUGUGAAAAAAGGGCUAUUUGUUCCAAAUACAAGUAAUAGAUUGCAAAAAUUUUAAAUAAUUUUUGUUAUUUAAAAAUCAGGAAUAAAAUGGUUGAGGAUUCUUUUAUUCCAAGGAU